GAGUAGGAAUAGUGAAAAACACUUUGGACAAUUUGGAUUACCAUAUGUGGGUGUGGAUAGUUGCAUAAACAAGAGAGACUAACACGCUGUUGCUGUCAAAGAGAGAGAAUUCGAGAAUGGCGUCUCACCUAUCCUUUCCUACAAUAUCAGUUCUUAACUCGAACUCCAAUAAUUAUUCAUCUGCGAAAAAUACUAAUUACAAAUCAGUGAGAUGCAGCUUGGAUGAGGAGGGUAGUCCUUCAGAUUUUUCAGGCCACACAGAACAACCCGCCAGAAAAAAAGGAGCUUCAAAAGCCAACUUCACGACGUCUAUGUUUAACAGGCCUCUGUUUAACUGUCACUUUGAUGAGUGGACAUACCAGUCCUUUAUCUGACCUUAGAGCAAUUGCCGCAGAUAAAAAAGCGCAAGAGGUGUGCAGGAAUUGUUUGGGUAGUGGUGCAAUAAUCUGUGAUAUGUGUGGUGGUACGGGGAAAUGGAAAGCUCUAAAUCGAAAGAGAGCCAAGGAUGUAUAUGAAUUUACUGAAUGUCCAAAUUGUUAUGGACGUGGAAAACUUGUAUGCCCUGUGUGUUUGGGGACUGGUCUGCCAAACAGCAAAGGUCUUCUGAGGCGGCGAGACGCGCGGGAGUUGCUUGACAAGAUGUAUAACGGCCGCCUAUUACCCAACUCUUAAGCAGAUGGAAAAGUGAAGGAGUGGAACUUCAGCCUGGUUCAUGUUCUUGAAAAUGCCCUCCUCAUAACAACAAGCAAAAUUGCACUGACCCAGGCAGCAAAUCUGCAUUGCACCACACUAUGUAAAUUGCGUUGUAAUUUUAAUACCAGCUACACUCACUCACAGGGUCAAUUGAGUAAACUGAUUGCAAUGUUUAUGAUCCAUAGAAAUGAAUUAGUGUUGAUCAAAGUUUGGUGUGAAUGUUGGACAACAAACUGGAUAUUGUACCUAGAGAUUGUACCCGCUAAAAUUCAUGUCUCAUCAAUUUAUUAUAUUAGAAUUAAAAUUUGACAAA